ACACCACUGAGAUAAAUCCCCAGCCCAAGAAUGUUUUUAUUUAUACUGUAAUGACAUUCAUCUAAAUUAGGUAUACAAAGAUUGGGCAUAUUUUCUCUAGAAAAAUAAACCUUCAAAUAUCUCUCAAGUGUAUACGUAGUACAAUCUUCUAUAAACCAAUAUCUUAUACAAGCAAAUAGCCCUCAAAUAUUCCAUUCCUAAAAUUUUAAAAUCUUUCCUCAUUUGACAAGGUCCUUAUCCACAGGUAUUUUAUUUUUUUCACCUUUGAACACAUGCUGGUUAUCGGCUAAUCUUUCAACGUUGAGGGCACUGGAAUAGAUGCAGUAUUUCACUGAAGGCCUGACCAAACCAAAGGAAAUGUAGCCAUCCCUUCCUUAAUUUUAAUGUUGUGAUUCUAUGUACACAUCCUGUGGUGUCCAUGGCAUUUGCACUCCUACAUCACACUGCCAGUUUACUAGACUGUACUGAGUUCCAGAACAUGUAUUGCCACACAUCCACCAUGUUUUAUCAUUGGGUUUCUAUGCCCGCCUGAGUAACUUGUAUUACCUUACAUCUCUCUCUUGUGUCUUUCCUGUCCUUCCUCCUCAAGUGGGCCCCAGAUGGUGGACCUAUGGAACAGCAGCAUGGUGACAGAGUUCAUCCUUGUGGGCUUUGAGAAGAGCCCCCCUGCCACUCGGGCAUUGCUCUUCACUCUCUUCCUAGUGCUCUACAGCCUUGCCAUGGCCAUGAAUGGCCUCGUCGUCUUCAUCACAUGGACAGACCCCAGGCUUAGCAGCCCUAUGUACUUCUUCCUUGGCCACCUUGCUUUCCUGGAUGUCUGCUUCAUCACCACCACCAUCCCACAGAUGCUGAUCCACCUGGUAGUCAAGAACCAUACUGUCUCCUUGGUCUCUUGUAUGACCCAGAUGUACUUGGUCUUCUUUGUGGGUGUGGCUGAGUGCAUCCUCUUGGCUUUCAUGGCCUAUGACCGUUAUGCUGCUAUCUGUUACCCACUUAGCUAUGCCCAGUUCAUGAGCAGACAGGUCUGUGUAAGGCUAGUGGCUAUUGCCUGGAUCUUUGGGUUGAUCAAUGGCAUAUUUCUUGAGUAUAUAUCAUUCCGGAAUCCCUUCUGCAGAGAGAAUCACGUAGAAAACUUCUUCUGUGAGGCUCCCAUAGUGAUCGCCUUGUCCUGUGGGGACCCCCGGUUUAGCAUGAAAUUGAUUUUUGUUGAUGCUAUUGUGGUGCUGCUCAGUCCCAUGGUCCUCAUUAUCACCUCCUAUGCCCGCAUCCUGGCCUCCAUCCUUGGCACAACCUCCUCCUCAGGUCGGGGCAAGACCUUCUCAACUUGUGCCUCCCACCUAACCGUGGUCAUCUUUUUGUACACCUCAGCUAUGUUUUCUUACAUGAAUCCCCGAAGCACACAUGGGCCAGACAAAGACAAGCCUUUCUCCCUCCUCUAUACCAUCAUCACCCCCAUGUGCAACCCCAUUAUCUACAGUUUGCGCAAUAAGGAAAUGAAGGGGGCUAUGGUGCGGGCCUUUAGGAGAACCAAUCUGGCCCAGGCAGAGUCUGUCUAGCCAGAAGGCCCCUGGGAAAGAACCUCCCUCACCUGGAAUGGGAAACAUUUACUCCUUCUUGACAAUGCUGAAAACCUCCAGGAACAAAGGAUUCAUGGCUUUCUUGGCACAAGACUCAGACUUAGGCACUUCUCAUUUCUAAGGCACAGCUUUCUGACUCAUUUCCAGUACUGUUUUGUCUUAGAUCUUCCUCAAGAGAAUUUGAGACUUUCCUGAUUUUUUUCCUCUGUUUUACAAGAGUCAAUAAAUUAGUGCACUUAAUUAUAUUUUUGUUUAAUACUUUCAUAUGCCAUUCCCUAGCCUGAAUUUUGCAUAUACAUUUAGGAGUAAAUCUCUCUCCUGCUCGCUUGCUCUGUCUUUCUGACAUCCUAGUGUCAACUCCUACAUCUGCCCUCACCCACGCCACUCCUAUACAGAAAAAGUAUUUGAAGAAGUAACAAAAAGGGACUAGGGAUAGGGCUAGUGCUGGCAUCAAAUCACAGAAAAGAAAGCAAGGGUCAGCCACUUGAACGUUGUGUUUCAACCCCCACCAGUCAGUGAAGGAGAAUUUGUUGUGUCUCUAAAUAACAAAGCUGCACUCAAUGUAUCUGUGCUUACGGGUUGUGGGAGAGGGGUGAGUGGGAGAGGUCACUGUGUUCAACUUCUCCUAAAUCUUUUCUUUAGUAAGAUAACUGACUGACGUUUCCCUUCCCAUCCAAGUAGUAAGAGAUCCUAUAAAGCUUGUAAAGCUACAAGUUUCCUUCCCUAUUAUGCUCCCUCCCCCUCAUUGCCUUUCUUUUUCUCUUCCAUUUUUCAUUCAUUCCUACUCAAAACUGUUCUACCUGACCUCCUCAUCUUAAUAUCCACUGCAUUUUCUGUCCUUUAAGGAACCCUUCUCCACACCCUUUGCACCAUUACAGAAGUCGUUUUAUUUUCAACCCUAUAUCCUCUCUGGCUUCCUCUAGCUUCUUUCUUUCACCAAACCUUGUUUUCUUUGACAGAGCUGUACAUUUUCAGCAGUUCCUUUUCUUUGGAAACUACAUUUUUCUCAUGCUUGUUUCAUAAUAAAUAAGGAAGACAGAGGAAUGAGCUAUUCUUUGUUUUCCAGUGCUACUAUCAGAAUAUCAACACUGAAGGGGAAAACAGAGGACAUUUUCCCCUGACUUGUGACCCUUUCCCACAUUUUCUGUGCCCCAUAAUUAUGAAGCCCAAUAAAUCCAUUUACUGUACUGAUCAAGGGGCUUUCACCCUUUUAAGUACAAAACUUUGCACAAAUGCCAGACAGAUCAGUGACUACAAACUAAAAGACACAACUCUGAGUAUAACAGACUCUUAAUUUCCUCGUUCCCUUUAACACCUUAUAAAGAGAGAGAUACUUUUGACAUUUCAGAACCAAUGAUCCCUCUCAGGUCCUUAUCUUAAAUGAAACUUGUCUUUGCUGCAAGUUUUUCUUCCUCUCUCCUUUUAUUUCUUACAAACACACUUUGAGAUAUCCUUAAAUAGAUGUACUACCCUUUCUACAAGGUGUACAUCACAUAUUACCCUGUGCAAUGACUUAAAGAAGUAGCUUUACUCCACAAAACUCUAUAAUCUUUUGAGUACAAAUUGGUAAAUCUUUAGAAAAAUCAAAGAAUGUGAGAAACUUUUCUUAGCAAGGAGGAAGAAAUGAGACAUCACUGCUAUGAAGAAGAAACAAUAAACACAAAACUUAAGUUUCUAUUGUAAAAAAAAAAAUUGUACCAAAGUUAAACAGACAAGAAAAUCUUUAAGACUACUGUAAUAGGAGCUGGACUCAACUCCCCUGAAGUAAGGGGCUGUGAGAUUUUUAAGAGCUGACUUGUGUUUGCUAAUCAGUCCAACCUAAUGGAAAAAUAAACUUCUUGUCUCUUCAAGACAAGCAAUAGUUUUGCAAUUUGAAACAAGGGUCCUAACAAAGUUAGAUAUCUACCCCUAUCCUCAGAGACUGAGAGAUAGGGAGUUAAGCAAGUAGUUAGAUGUCGCGAGCCGGCGAUGCAGAGCACUGUCCAGCGGUGCCUCAAACCUGAAAGAGCAGUG